AUGAGCUCACCGAAGCAAGACAGUGCAGCGGCAUUCGGGCGCAGCACCAAGGUACAGCGGUCUCCGCCAGCGAAGGAUGCGAAUAGCGCGAUGCCGCCGGUUAAGGCGCCCACGGCCAAACCAGCGGCGCCAUUCGUGCGCUGCCAAGCGGCCAAGUCGGCGAAGAGCGAUGGCCUCCUUAAGGCACUAUUCGAGUCAACGGACCGCAUCAUUGCGGUUGCCAAGACUCGCCAGUCGGGGCCGCUGCUGGAAAUUUACCAGCUAGCGGUACAACACCUGGAGGAUCUCAGAAUCGUUCAGGCUGCCUUACGAAAGGAAGGGGUCCAUGGUGAUGUGGAGCGGGUGGCAGGUGCGGCAACGGCGCUACAGGAUGGGUGGCGAGUCGCUGCAACCCACACCGUACAACAGCGGAGUGACGUCGGGGUCCAGACGGCGUCCCCUGCCCAGGUGGAAUUGGCAGUCGCUGCUAUGCCGCUCUCGGGAUCGGGCACCCCCAGCGGGAAGCGACAGAGGAGCUCUCCGGGAGAUGCCAGCACCUCCACGAAGAGAAACUGCAAGGAGUCGGCUACGGCAAAGAGGCUCGCGAAGCCAACAACAGCGAUGGCGACAGCAGUCACGCCCGCCUGUGGCCAACCGGGGGUCACGAAUACGAAGCCAGCGGCGGCGGUGCCAGCGGCUCUAGUGGCGGUUCCAGCUGCAGUUCCAGUGACGACGGAGCCAGUAGUUGCAAAACCGGUGACGCAGGCAGCGAAGACAAGCGAAGCUGGAGAGCAGGACAGCUUCACCGUGGUGAAGUCCAGGCGGAGGGAGAAGAAGAAGGUGCCUGCGACCACCAGGCAAGCGGUCCGGGGAGAGAAGGUAGGGAAUCCAGACCGUCAGCCGAUCAGAGGGGACGCUCUGCUGAUCAAAGCGGAGAAGGACGAUCUGUAUGCGGGGAUCUAUGAGGCACUUAUAGCCUCUGAAAGCACAAAGGAGCUCGGCGAGCAUGUCCGCGAGGUAGGACGGUGCAGCAAUGGCGGUAUGCUGCUACAACUCCGCGAAGGAGCCAAGAGUGCCUCCUACAAGGGUAUAAUUGAAGCGCUCCUUGGGGACAAAGGGAAGGUGACUGCACUGUCCCAGCGUCGCCUGGUGGAGUGUCGGUGGCUGUUCGAGGGCGUCUCGGAAGACCAGGUGGCCGGCGCCCUGCUGGCCAACUUUGGGUUGACUGAGAAACCGGAAAUUAAGCUGCGCCGCUUCCACAACCGCAGGGUGCUGGCGGAGAUCCUCCUGCCGGCAACUGAGGCGGAGAAGCUCGCCAAGGCGGGCAAUGUUCGGAUCGGGUGGAGUGACUGCUCGCUUCGGGCGGUGAUGCACCAAUGCUCCGAAGUGUGUGCUGUGCCCGGAAGCGGAGGACAGGAGUCACCAUCCGGGAAGUUUUCGGUGCAGCGCCCGGCAGGCAGCCUGCAGGUGAUUCAGCUUAACCUGAAUCACUGCGAGAUGGCCCAGGACCUGUUGCUGCAGUCAAUGGUGGACAACAAGUGCGACAUUGCGGUGAUAGCGGAACCAUACCGGGUACCGAAACCGGAUGGCCGUUGGUACGCGGACACUGCAGGUCUUGCAGCGAUUUUCGCCGGUGGACGAUACCCGGUGCAAGAAGUGGUUGAUGACAAGCACGAGGGCUUUGUUGCCGUCAAAAUCGGGGGCAUCAUUGUGUGUGCAUGCUACGCACCUCCCCGGUGGUCGUUGGAGCAGUUUGCGACCAUGAUAGACAGUGUGGUCGAUCUGCUAGACCGUCGAAGGCCUCUCCUUCUGGCUGGGGACUUCAACGCGUGGUCGCCAUACUGGGGGAGCAGGUGCCUAAAACCGCGUGGGGAGGUUCUGCAGGAGGCAAUCGCGCGCAUGAACCUAGUGCUCCUAAACGAAAGUGGAAAGAGAACUUUCGAAAAAAACGGUGGUGAGUCAGUGAUAGAUCUCACCUUCUGUAGUGCGGAGCUAGCUGCGGACACACAGUGGCGGGUCAGUGAGGAGUUCGUGUACAGCGACCACUUCGCCCUAAGGUACUCACUGCGUCGGGCAUCGCCUGCCGGAGACAUCAUUCCUGUGAGAUCAAAACCCUUCGCAGCGACCAAACCCGCUGGGUGGAAAACGGGACUGUUCGAUCGGGAGCUGUUUGUGGCGGCAUUCCGCCAUGAGAACAGCGGCGAGCGCCUCAGUGCUGACGCGCUGGCUGUCGCGAUGGCCAACGCUUGUAACGUCACGAUGCCGAGGUGGAAACCAUCGGCAGCAAGGAGAAACUCGCUUCCGUGGAACGCGCUGGUGAGCCUUCGUGGCCCGAGCGCCCCGCGCGAAACGUGCCCUGAACGGCUGCGGUCGAUUGUUUCCGACCUGUUCCCGUCCCACGGACGGUCGGUGUGGCCGGCAACGCCCUACGGUGCGGCCGAGGAUGAACUGGUGGUGCCUGUUUCGGAUGAGGAGCUGCAAACCGCAGCGCUACGCCUGGUCCCGGGCAAAGCACCGGGUC